UCUGAGCAUCCUCGCAGCCCUCCUCCGGACCCGUUCCCACACUUCCUUGUUUUUCUCGUGUUAGGGGCCCCAGGUCUGCACGCAGUACCCCAGCUGAAGCAGCCGCACUUUGCCUACCUUCGCCGUUCUCUCGGUAACUCUCGGCCCCGCCCCGCGUGCCGGUAACCAGGAAGCAGGAAGCAGCGGAGCUCAGCCGGCGGCAUGGCCGGGGGUGGCCCAGCGCAGUGUAAAAACCAUUGCCGUGGGCCUCACCGACCUCACGUGCACAGCUGCCGUAGCAUCUGCAGAGAGAAGGAUGUGCUGGUGCUGCCAGGACUGCAGCCGAUCGCUGAAGACCCUGGCAUGUGUGAUAUUGUGAAGGCUACACAUUGUUUUCCUCAUUUAAGGUAUGGAAUGAUAGAGCGGUGCAAAGAACUGGUGGAAGCAGGAUACGAUGUUCGACAACCAGACAAAGAAAAUGUGACUCUUCUUCACUGGGCAGCAAUAAACAACAGACAGGAGCUGGUUAAGUACUAUAUUUCUAAAGGUGCAGUAGUGGAUCAGCUAGGUGGAGACUUGAAUUCAACUCCCCUUCACUGGGCCAUUAGACAAGGACACCUACCCAUGGUCAUAUUAUUGUUGAAGUGUGGAGCGGAUCCCAGCCUUAUUGACGGGGAAGGAUUCAGCAGCAUUCACUUGGCAGUGCUGUUUCAACACGUGCCCAUUGUAGCUUACCUCAUAUCAAAGAGCCAGAACAUAGACACAGCAGACUUCUAUGGACUUACGCCUUUAAUGUUAUCAGCACAAAGAGUGGUGGGACCAGAACCCACAAGAUUUCUAUUAAAGUUUAACCCCUCCCUCAAUGCUGUGGACAACGUUCAGAAGAACACUGCGCUGCACUGGGCAGUAACAUCAGGAAACGUUAGUGCAGUGGAGCUACUGCUAGAAGCUGGUGCUAACAUGGACAUAAAAAAUGUCAAGGGAGAGACAGCGCUUGACCUUGCAAUUCAAACUCAGAAUCGCUCCAUGAUUUAUAUGUUAAUUGAGGAAGGAAGAAUGAGAAGCAGAAGAAAUAACAGGUUACUGAGAGCGUUGGAGAAAUACGAGCUGUUCCUGCUGCUGGCAUCUUGCUUGACUGUGAUGUGGGCCAUAGGAUACGUAAUGAACUUAAGUUCUGAUUCUUGGCUUUUGAAAGGAUGUCUGCUUUUCCUUCUGCUGGUUGGGAUGGCUCUGUUCGUGAGGCAGUUUGUGGGACUCAAGAAUCUGAGAUAUCUUCCCACAGCACUGAUGCUAAGUUCCGUCUUUUGGAUGUCUGUGACGUGGUUUUUCUGGUUCAUGCCUGAUGUGACCAAUACCAUUUUUGAGAUCCCUGUCAUGUUCAGCGUAGUGGGUCUUUUUUAUUUUUUCUAUAAAGCCUGGAGGACUGAUCCUGGAUAUAUUAAGUCUUCCGAAAAAGACAAAAAAGAGAACAUUGUAGCUCUUGCAGAAGCAGGAUGCUUGGAUUUCAGAACAUUCUGCACGUCAUGUCUUGUAAGGAAGCCUUUGAGAUCUGUGCAUUGCCUUCUUUGUGAUUCAUGUGUAGCCAGAUAUGAUCAGCAUUCUCUGUGGAUUGCGCAGUGCAUAGGUGUUGGGAACCAUCGUUACUACCUACUGUUCCUGUCUUUCUUAACUGUGACCAGUGUCUGGCUGCUUUAUCGAAGUCUUCUGUAUUGGUCAAACCACUGCAUAACAAGUUACCAUGCAGAUGGAGCAUGGACGUACUUCACACAGAUAACUACUUGUUCUCCAUGGCUGUCCUACAUCUUCAUGCUAGCCUGCUUCCAUACUGUAUGGUCUUCAUUGUGGCUAACUAUUCAGCUUUACCAGAUUGCAUUCUUGGGACUGACCUCACAUGAGAGAACGAACCUCCUGAUAGAGAGCAAAUCGUCUAAGCAUCCUGUUUCACUCAGGAGAAAUCCAUACAAUCUUGGAUGCUUCCAGAAUCUUGCAGACUUCUUUCAGUGCAGAUGUUUUGGUAUGGUCAAACCCAAUGGAGUUGACUGGACCAAGCAAUACAACAUUCAUGUGAUAAAGAAGAAAAACGUUCAUUGUGUAUGAAUUCUUACUUGAUUUUUAAAGCUGCUGAGCUGAGUGAGAAAUAAAACUGGAUGUUUUGUUAA